ACGGCGCAUGCGCUGCGUAACGCGCGGUGCGUGAGGGAUAAAAGCGCGCGCGCCGUGGCCAUUGCUCCUCUUACGUCACGGCCCAAGAUGCCCACCAGAUUUAGAAAAACCAGGAAGUUGAGAGGGCACGUUAGCCAUGGUCAUGGCCGUAUUGGCAAACACAGGAAGCAUCCUGGGGGUCGAGGUAAUGCUGGUGGAAUGCAUCACCACAGAAUCAACUUUGAUAAAUAUCAUCCUGGUUAUUUCGGAAAAGUUGGUAUGAGACAUUUCCAUUUAAAGAAGUGCCAGUUAUUCUGUCCUACCAUAAAUCUGGAUAAAUUGUGGACACUGGUUAGUGAACAAACCAGAUUAAACUAUGCUAAAAAGCCUGAAGGACCAGCACCCGUUAUUGAUGUUGUACAUGCAGGAUACUAUAAAGUUUUGGGUAAAGGAAGACUUCCAAAACAGCCUGUGAUUGUCAAGGCAAAGUUCUUCAGCAGGAAAGCUGAAGAGAAAAUCAAGGGAGUUGGAGGAGCCUGUGUGUUAAUGGCGUAACGUUUAACUGUGUAAGAAUAAAUAAAAAAAACUCACUUUUAACUGGU